UACUUAUCUAGCAACCGACACGUUUCUGAAUCCACACGGACGGUCGGAGCAUCUCCACGCCCAAAUCCAUGGCGAGCUCGCCGCGAUCUCCACCGCCGGCGCCGCCGCCGGAGUUCGAGAUAACGCGGCAGUCCCGCGUCUUCGCGGCGCUGUCCAAGAAGGUGAUAGAUCUCGACGAGCUGAGGAUGCUAGCGGCUCAGGGCGUCCCGGACGCUGCCGGAGUCCGUUCGACUGUGUGGAAGCUGCUACUGGGCUAUCUGCCCAAUGACCGCUCACUGUGGGAGCAGGAGCUGGCAAAGAAGAGAUCGCAGUACGCAGCUUUCCAAGAUGAGUUCCUUAGCAACCCUGUAGAAAUAGCGCGACAAGGGGAAAAAGAAGGCCAUUACCACGAUAAUGCGGAGCAUGUUGACAAUGGUUUGCUCCACAGGUCAGAGGUAACCCAAGAGGAGCAUCCUUUGAGCCUUGGGAAGACCAGUGUUUGGAAUCAAUUUUUUGAGUACUCAGAGAUUAUGGAACAGAUUGACCGUGAUGUAAAGCGGACCCACCCUGACAUGCAUUUCUUCUGUGGUGAUUCAUCUUUUGCAAAGUCCAAUCAGGAAUCUCUGAAAAAUAUACUGUUAAUCUUUGCCAAGCUGAAUGCUGGUAUAAGAUAUGUGCAAGGGAUGAAUGAAAUUUUGGCUCCACUCUUCUUUGUAUUUCGGAGUGAUCCAGAUGAUAAAAAUGCUAAAUUUGCAGAAGCAGAUUCAUUCUUUUGCUUCGUUGAGUUGCUUAGUGGGUUUAGAGACAACUUCUGCCAGAAACUAGACAACAGUGCUGUUGGCAUUCGAGGUACACUAGCCAAAUUAUCACAACUUGUAGCAAAGUAUGAUGCAGAACUCCAACACCAUUUGGAAAUAACGACAGAAGUUAAUCCCCAGUUCUAUGCAUUCAGAUGGAUAACAUUGCUGCUGACCCAGGAGUUCAAUUUUGCUGAUACUAUUCACAUAUGGGACACGCUAUUGAGCGAUCCUGACGGUCCUCAGGAAACCUUGCUCAGAAUAUGCUGCGCGAUGCUGAUCCUUGUCCGGAAGCGGCUCCUGGCCGGCGAUUUCACCUCCAAUCUCAAGCUCCUGCAGAACUACCCCCCAACGAACAUCAGCCACCUUCUUUACGUCGCGAACAAGCUGCACUGAACCGAGCUCUCGCGGCCGAAAGUGCUGCUGUGUUUGUUCAGCCAAAACUGCCACUGAGCAGCAGAACUGCAGCAAAAUUUGAACUGUUGUUUUAUGUAUCAUUACUGGUCCAUUAAUCUGACUCCCUGCAUUUUAUGACCUGUAUAUGUUCACCUGUAUCCCGAGUAAUCAAGGUGCCAUGAUUAGCACCUAGCUUAUCUGUUGCCCGGCUUCACCUUCCA